AUGAUGAUGUUUAGUGGAUUUCUUAUUGAUUUACCAAGUGUUUUUAAUUGGCUGUCAUGGAUUCAGUGGAUUAGUGCAUUUCGAUAUGCUUCAAAUGUACUUACUAUUAAUGAAUUGCAAGGUCUUAUAUUCUGCUUACCAAAUCAAACUGAUUUUUGUCCAAUGACAGGUGACGAGAUACUUGAUAAGCGAGGACUUGCUCAUUCUAAUGCAUGGGAUUUAUGGAAGAACUUUUUUGCAUUAACAGUGAUGGCUUUGUUAUUGUUUAUUUUAGCUUAUAUUCAACUUAUUAGAAUCAAAAAACCUAAAUAG